AUGUCGAGUCCGGUACCCCUUCCACCCGCUAGUGGGGAUGUAGAGGUCGUCUUGCUAGACGGUGGUGGGUUUACCACUGCCGACGAUACGAGAUUACACCAAGACGGACACGAAAAACCGUUUUACCUUUACGACUGGUGCUUUUAUAUUCACCAUAAAACCAGCGGGCAGCGGGUUCUGUGGGAUCUCGGGUUGAGUGGGGAUAACGCCGACUAUACACCAUUUGUCGUCAACAAUCAUUUUCGUUUCUGCAACCCGACUGGGCCAAGACAGCCACUACAGGAGCAACUUGGAGCUUUGGGUUUGCAGGCGACGGAUAUUACCACCAUCAUAUUCAGUCAUGCGCACUGGGACCACUGCCGCCCAGCAAGCGCGAAAUUCCCAAAUGCAAAGAUCUAUUUUGGUCCUGGUACUAGUCAACAUUGCUCACCUGGCCAUAUUGUCAAUGACCAGAUCUCACAAUCAGUUGAAUGGGACUCCAGAUAUUUCGGCGACGAUGAGGUAAGGACCGAGUCAUUUGAGGAGCUUUCCGGACCGUGGAGUCCUUGGGGACCCUUUGACUUGGCCAUGGACUUCUUUGGUGACGGAAGUUUUUUGAUUAUUCAAGCGCCCGGUCACAUGCCCGGAAACCUCGCAGCAUGCGCGCGUCUUGAGACUGGCGAGCGCAUUUUGCUAUCUAGUGACUGCUGCCAUUCAAUGGACAUUUUGCUAGGAAGACGAGAAAUGGCCAUAUUGCCGCUUCCGGAUGGCUCUACAUUCUGUCUGCACGCAGAUAUUCCGGCUGCCAGAGAGACGAUACGUAGACUAAAAGAGUGCAAGGAGAAAUACGGGGUGCAUAUUGCCAUGACGCAUGAUCCUGAAUGGAUUCAGCUACGGGACAACAAAGUCCUAAUGUCCAUGCUUCCGCCGUACUUUGACGACGCUUGUCUUGACCGCAUUCGGGCUGGAAUGCAACCUUAA